GGUUGGGCGCCCUUUUUCUUCACCGACUUCGUUGUGUGCCUAUGGCGAGUUCUAAACAGCGCGGGCGGUAGUAUCUUUCGCUGACAUAGUGGACGACUCGGGUAGCGUGUGUUGUCGUGGUCGCGAGCCGGUCAGCGUCCACCUGGGCUUCGGAGGCCGCUCUGUUAUUGAUUGUGGAUGAGUCAUACUGCAUUCCUGGGAGUGCGUUCGGCUCGGUUCCGCGCGCCAGCGGGUUUUCGGCCGUUCUGAAUGCCAUUGCUCCUGCACUGCGUGGGACGAGCUCUGGGAAGCUUGGCCGCUCGCUGCUCGGGUGUAGUUCGGCUGUUGCCCAAGGACGCCGGAGACCGGAUUCGCCGAUUGCUCGAGCCCUGACGAAGGAAGAGAGACGGAACGGAAAAGCGGGCAGCGGUCGGAACCGAGCAAAUGCGAGUUCCGACGGGGGACCACAACAUGAGCGGCUGCCGCACGGAGUCCCGCAUCCCCGUGGCGGCACGCAGGGCAGACGGCGGCCCCGAGGCCCUCUCCGUGGGGCCCUUGUCGGGGUCCCCCAAGUGGGCACGCAUCAAGGACCGCUUCGAGGGACCACCGGGACAGGGAGUGGAUUGCGGCUCCGAGGCGCACGUGGCCAGGGGAACCGCCAUGGGCGAGUUCAAGUCCGCCAAGAUGGCGGCCAGGCGCCUCAUGAACAGCCACCCGAGGAAUGACACGCACAGAGCAAAGCCCGGCUGCAGUCCGGUGCGCGACCGGAGCAUCGUUGGCCCGAGCAGCGCAUUGUCUGGAACCGUCUCGCGUUCGGAUGUCACCAUAGCAGGACGCGAACGGCGGCACCCCGUGUCCUCGGAACAAACCCAGUGCGUUGUCGUCAACAGCCCAAAGGCAAGAGCCAUUCGUCCGAAAGGCAUCGCGGUUUUACAGUCUUGUGGCACCGGCUCAGAGGAGCGUCUGGUGACGACAGACCGCGUCAAACUUAUGAACAGGCCGUAUCUUCGCUCUCAUAGCUUUUCCAGCAAGCUUCCUUCGGGCACUUUGUCGGUCGCGGAGUCAAAGAACACCGAGCAUUCCAGUUCCACGUCGCCUGCGGAGGACCGUCUGCCCGGAAAACCCUCCGAAAAUAGCUGCGUAACUACGAGACCGUCGUGCGCGAUACCCGUUACGCAGACAGAGACAGACGUGACCUCGCCACCGUCCUCUGCUGACUGCGCUCUACGCGAGUGCCAGGCGGGGACUUCCAAAGUGGCGUCACUCGCAAUGAGUUUCGAGAACCUCCUCCUAGGUGAUACGCGGGAGGGCAACCAGGCCCAUUUACAGAGAGGUGCCUUCUGCAAUCGCUCGCUUCCCCUCGAAACCUUCCAAGAUGCGAAGGCGACAUUCAGAAAGCGACUAAACAUUCCCAUCAACGGCGUCGUGCGGAAGCCGUGCCGCAUCAUUGGUAAGUCUCGUCGGACGCCGUCGCCCCCUGGUGAUAGGUCGAGCGAUCUGCCGCGGGCCUUGGUCAGACGAAGCAGUUCCCUGAUUGGUCACACGUCCUACUCGAGAACUCGUGAGUCAGUUGCAGAGAGUCACGCGUCCGCCGUCGUCGAGCGGCCCUCCACGAGUCGCUUGGAGGCCACGACGGACGGCGGUGCAGCCCACCCGUCGUGGACCUCCCCGUCUCCCAGCUGCGAGGGAAACGAGAAGAAAUUGAGUGCAGUUCAGCUGGCCGUGCUAAACCUGGAAGCUCGAAGCCAAGCCGCGUUGGAGAAAAGCGGCAAGCUCAGCUUUUCAAGUUCCUAUCUGGAAUCUGUAAAACUAAAGCCGGCUCCUUCGAAUUCCGCUGUCCAAGAAUUGUCGUCUAAGCGGUCUGUGCAGAGGCCACCGUUGCCCACUGCUCGCCCCGCGACACUGCCCUCUUCAUCUUCAUCGUCAGGUACGAGCCCUUCUGUCAGGGACAUGCUGGACGUGGAGGACCUCGAGCCCUUCCACUCUUCCCAUGUGUCGUCUGCAGUUCUUGCUUUGUAUUCGAAUGUCGUCUCCACCGUGCACAAGGAACAGCCCACAAACGAGGACGAGCAGUGGAGCAAGCGGUCUGCCGAGUCAGCGCCAGCAACCGGCGCUGUACGUCCCAACCAGUCGUUCCUAUGGACGUUGCAGCAGACGACGCGGGCUCCCGUCAACGGUUCGUGCGACGAGCUGUCCGACGCUGUCAUGCUGCCCGGCAAGACCCGGUCUUCCUCCGCUCUAGCGGGCACUGGAAACUACUCCUCACUUUGGGAGUCCAUUGCUGGCCGCCCGGCGACGAACCAUGUUGGGGCGUCGAGCAAACCAGAAACCACCACGGAUGGCUCAUCCGCUAGCAACGAUAAUGACGGCAGCAAAGUCGACAGUUGCAUGCAGGAAGGGCAGCAUCACUGGACCCACACUCUGCGAGGCUUGGCUUCUCUUCCUCCGGACAGGGCCCAUGAAGAGAUGGCUUGGGAGCUGGUUGACACAGGGGACAGCAGUUCGUCGUCCACGACCUACGAGCACCUGUACGAGCCCAUCUACGACGUGCUCGAGGAAGAGGGGAGGCCACCGCCCGAUGUGGUUCCCGACACGGACGACGUCUAUGCCCACCAGGAGUCCGAGAGUGCGGGGACGUCAGAACCCGGACUGCCGGGUCGCAACAGCCGGCUGACACGGAGUGACAUCCGCCUAGAGCUCUCCUCGCACCUCAACCUGGUCCGGCUGAGGAAGGACGUCCACAGCGCUGCUGAGAUUGGCGUCCACUUGCAGCAGGAGCCGAACAAGCGGGGCCUGGUGGAUUGCCUACUGCGCCCGUCGUCGCGGAAGGAGACGGCCACCUUCUAUGUCCGACUGUCCGUGGACCGCCAGCUAUUGCCGGAGGCAGAUGGGCGGCCGGCGAAAGGCAUCGCCCAGCGCAGCGCUCCCCGCCGCAGGGGCCUGCGCAGGACCACCUCCUCGGCCCUCAGGAGGCCUCGCACGCCGCCCCCACUGCCCCCCAUCGCCGCCGGGGUCUCCCGCGACGCCUCACUCUCUUCCGCCACCGGUUCGAGUUCGGACUCUGUCAGCCCUCCAGACUUCCCGGCCAUGCUAGAGAAGGAACUUUCUGCCCGCCUUGGCCUGACCCAUGGUGGUUCAGAGCAGCCUGACAGCCAAAUGCCGGAGGGUGAAGACGUAAUAAGUCCCCAGGGCCCCUUUGAGGAGGAGCCGCUGUACCAGUUCUACCAGAAGUGCGUGGCCCAGGAGUCAUCCAGCUCGGAGGAGGAGGAGGAGACGGCCCAGCCCCGCACCAGGCGGUCGGCCAUGGAGCUCCUGCCCUGCGGCACGGGCCAGCGCAGCCUCUGGUGCGAGGUGCCCGAGGUGCGAGCGAGCGGCCUGCUGGAGCGGCUGUCCCCAGCCGAGGUGCGCCUGCAGGAGGCCCAGUUCGAGGUGCUCACCUCGGAGGCCUCGUACGCACGCAGCCUGCAGGUGCUGGUAGACCAUUUUGCCAAUUGUCCCGAGCUGGCCCAGCCCCAGGUGCUGCACCGCAGGGAGUGGGACACCCUCUUUGGGGACGUCCUGCCGGUCAGGGAGGCCAGCCAGCGCCUGCUGGGAGACCUGGAGAGGCGGUGGGAGCAGAGCCUGGUGAUUGAGGAUGUGUGCGACAUCCUGCUCGAGCACGCCACCAAACACCUAAGUGUCUACGUGCGCUACUGCUCCAAUCAGAUGCACCAGGACCGCCUGCUCAAGGAGCUCAGGGACACACGUCCGGAGUGGGUGGAGGCCCUGGAGCGGCUGGAGCGGGCACCUUGCUGCCAGGGGCUCAGUAUGUCGUCGUUCCUGCUGCUGCCCAUGCAGCGCAUCACCCGCCUGCCCCUUCUGGUGGACGCCAUCCUCAGACGGCUGCCGGAGGGGUCCCCCAAGUACCGGCGCUGCCAGGAGGCACUCACCGCCAUCAACAAGAUUGUGCUGGACUGCAAUGAUGGUGCCAGGAAGAUGGGACGUAUGCAGGAGAUGCUGCACAUCAGUCGCAUCCUGGAAUUCAAGGACUGCAAGGCGGUGCCCCUGAUUUCAUCCUCUCGGUGGUUGGUGAAGCGAGGCGAGCUGGUGAAGGUGACCUUUGACCUGCACAGCAAGAGGACCUUUGGCCGCACGGCCCGCUACUCUAAGACCCCCCUGCACCUGUUCCUCUUCACUGACCUGCUGCUCAUCACCAAGAAGAAAGGGGAGGACUACUUCAGCGUGGUGGACCACUGCCCGCGCAACCUGGUGCAGACGACGAGCCUCGGGGAGGGCAUGGCGGUGCCGGCCAGGUUGCCCGACUGCUGCCGGCACCUCUUCCAGAUGACCAUCCUGCAGAACCAUGCGGGGCGCAUGGUCGAGAUGCUGCUCACAGCCGGCUCCGAGAGCGACAAGACGCGCUGGAUGGAUGUGCUCACCCCCGUCGUGUCGAGUGAUCCCGAGCAGCGCAUCUAUGAGGAAUGGGACUGUCCCCAGGUGCAGUGCCGGCACGCCUACAUUCCCGAGCAGCCCGACGAGCUGGCCCUCCAGGAGUCCGACGUGGUCAACGUCUUCCGCAAGAUGUCCGACGGUUGGUACGAGGGCGAGCGCAUCCGUGACGGCAUGCGGGGCUGGUUCCCUUCGUCCCACACAGUUGAGGUGAUCAAUGCGCACGUACGCUCGCGCAACCUGCGGCAGCGCUACCGCCUCCUCAUGGCUUCGCACUGCUACCUCGAGCAGCAGCAGCAGCGGCCCGCCAAGGCCACCUGAGAACACCCCCGCUUCGACGUCGGUGUCGGCACGACGAGAAACUCGGUAUUUCUCACUCCACGGUGAUGUGGCGUUCGUUUUUGAUGGCGCAAAAGCUACUUCAGCAAGAUGCAAACAUUCCGAACGUCGCAAGGAUGUGGAAGAACACAUUUCUACGGGACGGAUGCAUCUAAAGUGCGCAUAUCCAUUCCACGCUUCCUACGAGUGGCGCAGCACCUGCGUCCUUGGGUCGGCCCACAUUUUUACGAACGUGCCACUUACUUCCCUUUGUUCUCAAGAUUUGGCUCGAAACGAAGCCUUGUGUGGCACACUCAACCGAGCUUUUAUACGUGGUCCCUCGCUUGCUUUUACUAGUUUAGCUAGAAUAACUGUGUGCUUGUGUAGAUUGAUGUCUAGCUGCCAUUUAAGACUAGAAUUUUCAGACCUCGUAUUCGGGCAUUCCCAUUUAUGUGUGGCAAUUCGGCGGAGAAUCUGUUUUGAUAUGCAUACAAUUGUCGACGUGGCACUGUCGCAUCCAUCCUUGCUCAAGUUUCCACCCGGGGCAGCAUCUUAAUCACAACCUAGUGUGCACUCUAGGUUCGAUCCAACAAUGUCCCCAACGAACGAGACCUUAAAUUUUUACACUGCCAGAGUAUAGUUGUACCUCUACACUUAUCAUUCUCGUUCAGUGGUCAUGCAUAGCUUGUUGGUGAGGCCAGCGACGUGCGGUCCUUUUUUUCUUCUAGGCUUUAUUCAAACUGCAUGUACUGCGACGAAGCUUCAACAUGGCGAGCUUAGGAGAGCGUCCGUCCUACCUCAACUUCUUGUAGUCGUUUGUCAAGACAUCGAUAAGGGCGACCUCGAACCCAGUUAAAACCGAACGGUGCUUUUGUCGUUCCUAGUUUUUACACUAAAAUUUUCAAAUGCAACUGCCUACCCUUGCACUAGGAAGGCAGAGUGAUAUAGCCCUUUUAUUUAUUUGGUCUCGAAAGCACAAAGCCGUCAACACCUAUGCAGUCCCCCACAAUGCUGAAGAUCUAACCUCUAAAAUACAGAAUGGCCACUAAGAUUGAAGCCUCUGCAUCUUUUUGUCGUUUUUGUUAGCUCAUUUGUCCUCGGGUAUCCGUGAUCAACAGCAAACGGUUAACCUUCCUGCCAUAUCUACUUGAAGCAUGGGUGGUACUCUCAACUGGUAGUACCCCCUUUCCUUCUUUUUUACAUUCCGGGGCAUUGCAAGUCUCAACCAAGACGCGCCACAUUACCAGGCUCUGCGCCUCGGUUGCCUCUCUAGUCUCAAUGGCCUCUACUUGUAAGAAACUAAAACAAGGUGCUCUCGGGGGAUCUUUACCUCCGACAUCUACGAGUCUUUUUAACACGAUGCCUAGCCCAAUUGAAUGUGUAUAAUACCUUUACAAGCUUUAUAAUAAAAGUCUUCCUCUACAAA